GUAGCGUGAACUCUGACCGCUUUUACAUGAUAAGAAUCCACGUGGGGACUUUCAUCUCUAGCGGUAUAUAUAAAAUGGGGUGCAAAGUUUCGCUCUCGUAUCAAAAUAGGACUUCAACAUUUAUAUUAUUUACCGAAAGGGGUGAGACUUCGAAGUCGUCAUCCCUUGUGAAAAUUCUACGUUAGGAGGUAGCAGUAGCAGUCGAAAGUCGGCGGAAUGCCCGACGUUUUUCUUUUUUCUUUAUUUCUUUUUUUCCUUCAGUAUGGGGUGAGCGAAAGUUAUAAACCUGUCAUAUUGAUGCACGGCAUUCUUUCAUCCCAAAGAGAUUUAAAUGACCUGAAAGCAUUUAUUAAGAAGGCUCACCCAGGAACAGAAACCUACAAUAUAGAUGCCUUUAACGAUCUGCUCAGCUUGGAACCCAUGGGGAAACAGGUCAGAAUAGUUGCCCCAAUGAUGAAGAAAAUAAUGGAUGCCAACCCACAGGGGGUCCACUUGAUCUGCUUCUCUCAAGGAGGCCUUGUAUGUCGCGGGGUGCUAGAAACUUUGCCUUCCCACAAUGUUUAUAAUUUCAUAUCCCUCAGCUCUCCUCAGGGGGGACAAUUUGGAGUGCCUUCCAUGCUAAAGCCAUUUAUUCCUGCAGUUAGCCGGGAAUAUUUAUACGAGGUUUUCUAUACCUCUGUUGGACAGAAUGUGUCUGUAGGAGAUUAUUGGUACGAUCCACAUCAUUUGGACCUCUUCAAAAAACCUGCCUUAAAGGUUUUCCUUGCACAGUUGAACAAUCAGACAGCCAAUCCUUACAGCAGUGCUUUCAAGAACAACUUCCUAAAAAUAAAAAACCUCAUCAUGAUUGGUGGUCCAGAUGAUGGGGUGAUCACACCAUGGCAGUCUAGUCACUUUGGAACGUAUGAUGAAAAUGAAAAUGUAAAAGAAAUGGUCAACCAAGAGUAUUAUAUCAAGGACUCAUUUGGUCUUCAAACCCUGAACAAAAGAGGAUCAUUGCAUAAGUAUGUUAUCCCUGGUGUUAAGCACACUCAUUGGCAUGGCAAUAAGGAUGUCUUUGAAAAGUGUAUUGAACAGUGGCUGGAUUAGAGUUGUCUUGCACAUGACCAGUGACUGCUGCCAUCUAUUGCCAAAGGUCUUUGGGCACCUUUAGGAAUUAAAAUGAACAACACUUUACAUUAUUUAAAAUGUAGUAAUUUAUUGUGAGAUAUUGAUACAAAUUUGCUUUAGGAAUUAAAAUUAACAACACUUUUACAUUAUUUAAAAUGUAGUAAUUUAUUAUGAGAUAUUGAUACAAACUUGUUAGGUUUUAUGUUAGUUUUAGCAACAAUACUUCCCAGUACGCCCUUCCUGUAUACUCAAACAAAUUUUAUAUUGUAUUUUGAAAUGAUUCCAAUUCCUAGUCAGCAUCAAUAAUUUUUAUGUGUUUCAUUUGGACAUUUUCAAUAUCUUUUAUCCCAGUUGUAAAUUUUUG